AGGGAGAAUGGAGUUGUUGUGCUGCCGAUUGAGGUAUUGAUGAACAAGGAAGGAAUUGCCAGUUGGAUUGAUGAUUAUGGUAGGUGCUAAUUCGAGGGGUUAGGACAUAUUUUAGGUUGAAGUUGAGUUCAGGAAGACAGGGAAUAAUAGGAAAACAAUUGGGUAGGGGCUCGAUUGAUUGAAGGGUUUGAACUCAAUUGAGGCCGAGAAAUCAGUGAGAGUGGAAGCAAUGUUGAAUCAUGAGGAACAUGGCAAAUUAACUCGCGUCCGUGUAGGAGAAUCAUGUGGGGAUUUUCAGACCAAAAAAGAAAAUAGGAGGAAGAUUGAACUGAUGCGCUACAAGUAUGGUACUAUAAAUGUUAGGUUGAAUUUUUAUGCGUGUGUUGAUCGAAAUUCUGCAGGGAAGGAGCUGUGUUCAAGCAUAAGAAUCAAAUUAUAUCCGUCCCAUCAUCACCAGCAACAGGCACACAAGCUGUUUGUAUAAAUGCACGUGAAAAGUUAUUUGAGAUAAUAUCGAAGUAGGCUGGGAAGGAGAAGAAGAAAGGGAAUUUGAAACCCUAGAAAAUCGGUACCCAGUAUUGUCAUAAUUUAGGAAAGCUUUUCUAUUCCGCGACGGACUACGAAGUAUAGAAGCACUUUCCAGUACCGCUGCAAUUACUACUGAUUUUCUUGAAUCUAUAUAAGUAGGUAGCUAGACCUUGGCAUGAGACACACAAGAAGAUUAUUCUAGCUAGCUUUCUUUUCAGUUCUAAGUUUCUCUCGAUAUUCAUUCAUGGCAGAUCUUGAAACCCAUUAUCAGCCUAAUUCUCCUGUUCGUUCUCCAACUUGUAAUACCAUCCCAACUGAAGAUGAAGAUGAAGAAGAACAGAUAGUAUAUGAUGGUCCAAGCCAACUCAGUACUCGUAGUUUCACCAAUGGAACUACGGAUUCUAAUCUUAUGAAUAAUGGUUGGGGUUCUUCACUUGGAGCUAGUUCUUCCAAGAAACGUUCAAUUAGUAUUAUUCCUAACAUGAUCAGUCAUGGUUAUAUGAAUGGUCUGGGUUCUUCAUCCGGAACUAGUUCUUUUCCUGCUCCUCCUUCCCUCCCAACUGAAGAUGAAUUGCUCUCUUCUUUUCAAGGAUUAUUAUCAGUCGAAGAACAGAAACUAUGUGCUGCAUAUGGUGCAUCAAAUUCCAUGAUAACAUCUCCAGGCCAACUCAGUACUCAUAGUUUCACCAAUGGAACUAUGGAUUCUAAUCUUAUGAAUAAUGGUUGGGGUUCUUCACUCGGAACUAGUUCUUGGAAGUACCCGAGUUUCGAACAUUCAACUAUGAUCAAUCAAGGUAAUUAUGUUGGGAAUUCUUUUGUUAAUUCUCGACAUCAUCCUUUCUUUUCUUUGAAGAUGCAAGGUUGGAAUGAUUAUCGGAUUAUGAAAAUUAUGAAUGAUGACCCAAGUCUUCUUGAUAAACUGAACGGAUACGAUAUACUCAAGUUGGGAAGCCAUAAAUUAGGUUGCAAGUACUUGAUGAAACUUCUAUGUAAUGAAGGUGAAGCACCGCGACUGACCAGGUUACUAGGCAGCAGCUCGGCAGAUUUUUUCAAAGCAAUCGUAUAUGUCAUUGCCAAGGAAGUUAACACUAAAUCUGGGUCUCGUGCGAUGGAAAGUCUCCUGAUCAAACUGCUCAUGGGAAAUCCCAUGUUAAUCGUUUACGUGUUGCGAUCUAUGAAGCCUAGCCUAUUUCCUGUCAUGUUGAACCAGAAUGGGAGCCAACUAGUUCAAAAACUUUGCAUACAUGUGCCAAAUAUGUACUUGGGGGAUAUAUACGAAAUAGCGGUGAUAAACUGCAUUAAGCUUUCUACUACAGAACAAGGAUGCUUCGCUCUCAAAGCUAUUAUUGAUUCCAUCGUGGAUCCUCUCAAAACUCAGCUGCUAUCAAUCAUCAUAGGCGAGGCCGUGUUCCUUUCUGCACACAAUUACGGGAAUUUUGUUGUGCAACAUGUUCUAGAGCGCCAUCCUUAUACUGCAAGCCUUAUAUCCAAUGAGCUUAUAAGCAAAAAAUACUUAUUUCCACUUUCUAAGAAUAAGUAUGGCAGUAAUGUUGUAGAAAAAUGUAUUGAAUCGAAUGCAACCGAUGUUGUAGUUUCGCAACUCCUCUCUGAUUGUAAACAACUUGUUGAACUAGCUCAAGAUAAGUUUGGCAACUAUGUCAUCCAGAAAGCACUUAAGCUUACAAAGGGAAAGGCAUUGCGCCAACUAGUUGACGUCCUUCAGAAAUGUUCGAGCGAGCUCGAGAAUCAUCCAACUGGGAGGAAUGUGUAUAACUUGAUUAAAAGAUUCAAAUUGCAUAAGGAAUUGGUUAUUGUAUGAGUGGUUACAGGUGAUGCAAUUGUAAUGUGAGGCUCCAUCUUAGCUUCUAGAGUCCAUCAAUUUUGUUUGUUUUCUAGUGUAAUUGUAAGUUUGUUAAUUUGGUUGUAGCGUAGUGAUUUCUGUUUUCUGUUUUGGCUUAUGUAGACAUGAGCUUGUAAAACAUUUUGAUUAUUUUGCAAGUAAAUCGCUUUUCUUA